AUGAGUGUAGAGAAAGGCCUUCUGGCUAUGGCCUCUGCCGGUGCCAUUUUGGCUAUGGUCGCCUGUCUUGUCGCUGUGCUCGACGGUGUGGCUAUGUUCCGCACAGAAACCGAUUCCGCAUGGAUAGAGAUGAUGGAUGUGCAGCUGAUGAUUUCGCCAGAUUCUAGACGUCCUGAAAACCCAUUUGAUUCUUUCUUUCGACGCAAAAGACAAGGUUUGCCACCAUGGUGCGUUUGCGAAAUCACGCCUAUCACCUGCCCUCCAGGACCACCUGGACCGCCUGGACAGCCGGGAGCUCCAGGAUCUUUAGGAAACCCUGGAAUGCCCGGCCCCCCAGGAAGAGACGACACCACGGUCUAUGCUCCUAUUCAUUGUCCUGCUCCAGAUCCCAGCUGCAUCAAAUGCCCACCAGGACCGAUGGGUCCACCGGGAACACCUGGUCAAGUAGGCCCACCUGGCCAGAUGGGUCGACCAGGCCAACCAGGGCGAAAGGGCAACGAUGGCGUACCAGGACCUCAAGGCCCACCGGGAAAUGGCGGCACACCCGGUCAGCGUGGACAAGCUGGAAAACCU